CCAGGCGAGCUGCUAGUGGGCGUACGGUCCGUUUCUAACACAAACAUCUUACCUGAUUUAAAAUGAAAUACAAUAUCUUAGGUAAUACUGAUAUGAAGGUUUCCCAUGUUAGUAUGGGAGGAGCAUCUUUCAGCAACAUUUACGGAUCAUUCAACGAGGAAAAAAGUCUACAACUUAUUAAGAAAACUCUAAGUUUAGGAGUAAACUACUUGGAAACUGGGCCGUGGUACGGUCAGGGAAGUUCAGAGAAAGUUAUAGGCAAGGCGCUCAAAGACAUCCCAAGAGAUACGUAUUUCAUCGCAGUCAAAGUUGGACGCUACGAGAAAGAUAUCCGGAAAAUGUUCGACUUCUCUGAAGAGAAGACUGAAGCGGUCGUGGACAACACUUUAAAACUUCUUCAACUCGACUACGUGGAUCUGAUUCAAAUGCACGAUAUCACUUUUGCACCGGACAUUUCAAUAAUUCUAAAAGAAACCCUGCCAGCAUUGGACAGAGCUGUGAAAGAUGGCAAAGCCAGAUAUAUCGGAGUAGCUGACUAUGAUUUAGAUUUGAUGAAGGAGAUAAUUGAAGAGUCUGACAUCCAACUAUCUACAAUUCUGUCAUAUUCUAAAUCCACAUUAUUUGACAACCGAUUACAAAAUUAUACAAAAUACUUUAAGAGUAAAGGCGUGGGCAUAAUAAACGCAGCGGCUACCGGCAUGGGCCUGCUGACCAACCGCGGGCCGCAGCCUUGGCACCCAGCAAGUGAUGACAUCAAAGCGCUUUGCCAACGAGCGUCUAAUUACUGCAAGGAGCAAGGAGUAGAGCUGGCUCGACUAGCAACAUGGUUCACCUUAAACCAGCCCGACGUUGAUACGAAUGUGUGCGGAUUUUUCAACAUAGAUCAAAUGGAGGACACCUUGAAUGUCUCAGAAAAAGGGCUCACCGAACAUGAAAAGGCGGUGUUAGCUCAUCUGCAAUUGAGGUUUUUUGACAAUGUUACAUUACACUGGGAUGAAGUAGAAUUGAAUGCAUACAAGACAAAAUUAGAGAACAUUACUACAUUAUAAUAAAUUUACUUACCCUGGGCAAAUAUGGCAAUCAGCGACAGAAACUUCGGAAUGCCACACGCCGCACCGAUUGUUUUUCUAAAUUAAGCAUUGUUACAAGCGUCCACAACCUGGAAAAGAGCAUAGAUAUAGCUGGUCAAGCAAAUCUUGUCAGUAAAAAAAGGCGCGAAAUUCAAAUUUUCUAUGGGACAAUAUCCCGUCGCGCCUACAUUUUUCAAAUCUGCCGCCUUUUUCUACUGACAAGAUCUGCUUGACCAAGUAUACCUAUCAUUAUAGGAACCGUAUAACUACCCAACUAUAGUCCAAACUUACAAAACUCCCAAUUCUGGUCCAUAUAAUUAACUCUUUUUAUUAUUAAUUAAAAAAUGUAGGUACUAUAGUAGCAAAGGUAUCUAGUAUUUUAGUAACUCCGUAAAAGUCUAAGAAAAAAUCGUACCUCAAAAAUCAAGAAAAAUGUAAGUUCGAAUAGAUGGCGCCAUACUUUUGGCAUAUACUCGCGACGCCGUUUGAUAUUUAACAAUUUGAACACACGUCACUGAAAGAAUCAAAGAAAAAAAUGAAUAAAAAAGAAAGAAGAAAAAUAGAAGAAAAGAAACAAGUGAAGAAGAGUGGUCAAAGUCAUGGCGUACUAAAAAUAUAAAUAUUAAAAUUAAUAAGUCUUAAAUCACUUAUCCAUAUAUAUAAUUAUUUGAUAUUUUUUUCCAUUUUUAGUUUUAAUCCUGUGUCGAAAGAUCGCAGUACAUUUAUUACAACAUUUACCUACUAAGACAAUGAGCCUCUAUGCCUACUCUCUUUGAUAGUAUAAUUAAUUAUAUGUUUACAUUUACAUGUACAGUCGCCAUCAAAUAUAUCGGUGCGGCCAAGGUGUCCACAAUAUCUGAACAUGCACUCUAACGCCCUGACAAAAGAGGCGUGUUAAGAUAAUUGUGAGCACCUUGGCCGCUCUGAUAUAUCUGAUGGCGACUGUACAUAAAUACUAUUAAUGGAAGAAAACUCUUAGAAAAAAAAGCAAAAGAACAUUAUUCGUAAUUAAUGUAAUUAUAAAUUAAUGAUGGCUUGAACUGAUGGUGCAGUAUAAUUGUAAGUACUAAGUAGUACUUACUGGAGUUUUACUGAUAAAAUGUCGCGUAUUUAGGAAUAGUAGGUAAGAUCUUUAGGGUAAAAAAGGGAUUAAAAUUAUGUAUGUAUAUCUCUUAAGCUUAAGUAUAUCCGAUGUCUCUUACAUAUCUGAUGAUUAUUGUUAUUUGCCAAAAUAUACUUUUUGAGCAGUUUUCUACUAA